UAUCCCACUUCCAAAGCAAUUAAUCCUUGAUAAAUUAGUUAUUAAAUAGUUUUAUUAUAAUUAUUUAUUGAUAUUAAUUUAUUUCAGAGAGAAAUUAAAGGAUGGCUGAAGAGGAAAAGCAGGUUCAGGAUGUGGAAGUGAAGGAGAGGGGCUUGUUAGAUUUCAUGGGGAAAAAGGAGGAAAAGAAAGAAGAUGAGGAACUGGUCUUUGUAAGUGGGGUGGAAAAAGUGGAAGUGGAGGAGAAACCUAAUGAUCAAGAGAAGCAUGGAAUUCUUGAGAAGCUGCAACGUACUCACAGUAGCUCUAGUUCUUCUAGUGAUGAAGAAGAAAUAGAUGAGAAUGGAGAGAAGAAGAGGAAGAAGAAGAAGGGACUGACAGAGAAGAUCAAGGAGAAGUUGAGCACCGGAGAGGAGGAGAAAACAGAGGUUAAUGAAUACGAAAAAUCAUCAGUUGUUACUGACGAUAAAAAUUCAGUAAUCAUAGUAGAAAAAUUGGAAGGAACAUCACUAAAAGAUGAUGAAACUCCGGCAGAAGAAAACAAGGGAUUCUUGGAGAAGAUCAAGGAGAAACUGCCCAUGCAAAGCAAGAAACCAAGUGAAGAGGAAGUUGUUACAGUUGAAUGCAAGGAAAGUGGUAAGGAGGAGAAGAAGGGGUUCUUGGAAAAGAUAAAGGAGAAGCUUCCUGGUUAUCAUAAGAAUGAGAAGGAGGAGGUCACUACUGAGAGCAUUGCUAAUGCGAGUAGUACCUAGUGAAAGGAAACAGAAUGUUUUUUGAUCUUUUGUUGGAGUUGUUGCUUUAGUGUGUUUGGUUUGUUUGUAUGUCGGUUGGUUGUUUUAGAAUGUUGUUGUGUAGCUGUGUUUAUUUGGUGAUGAUAUUUGGACUUUUUAUAUACUAAAUAAUUAAUGGCUUUCAUGUAGUUCUGUUAUGAGUAAAGUUAUAUGAAAACUCCAAUUCAGGGUUUAAAAUA